AUGGCUUCCAUAUAUCGAAAAUCCGCGUCCGUGACUAACAGCCAGUUAACGAGAUUGCAGUCUAAUCGCCUGAAGAACGCGAGCGACCACUUUGUCUAUCAGCCUCUGGGCAUGAGCUUUGAUGAAUUCCAGAGCUUAUGCCCUGGCAACAAGUUACCUCAUGACCUGCUCCAAAAGAGUGUCCAGCUUACUUUGAUCUCUUUAGUCUUUGUACAUGGAAAUGAUGUUGUACAUACCGGUGAGCUCUAUUUACUGAAGCUCAGUACAAAAUUGACUAAUUUAUUUCGAAAAAUUUCAACAAGCAAUAUACUUCAAGAAAUCGAAGAUAUCUCGGCUCUCCCUCAGCGGAAAACUAUAAGCCACCUGAGGGGAUCGCUGAAAAGAUCACCCAAGAGAAAGCUAUGUGAUACAUCAUCAGGCCCCAAAGAUUCUUGGCUCCAUUGUUAUUCCGGGUAA